UUGCUCCUGGUCAGCACUCUUCGCUACACACCCCAACUCAUAUAGACUCGAUCUUAGCUCUUGCAGCGGGGCGAUUGAGUGCAGAUCAUUUUCGAAAUUAAACUCCGAAACUCAACUCCGGUCAUUCGGGCUUCUCGCCCGUUCUCCGGGGCAAACUUGUUAUUUCCAUGCGAGCAACGGUCUGCACACACACACUCUUGAUCCUCUCAUAUGCUGGCAUUAAACAACGAGGAAUCUACAUUGAUCGAGACGACUUUGGCGCGCUCAUCACUCCUGGACUUCGCUCGUCCAUAGGCGCCAUGUUCGGACUCAUCCUCUAUCCUCACCGUCCGACCAUCUUGGACUUUAUCAUAUGCCUGGGGAAUAUGGUCAUAGUACCCUUACUCAUGAUCACUCCAUUGACGCCUGGUUGGCGAUUCAUUCGUGGAGCCAUCUUUGCCCCUCUCACCUCGUCCAUCUUCCUCUAUGUUUCCACCUGCAUCGCCCAAUACAAUCUUGCAGAUAGAUGGGGGGUGCCCGUUUUGAUGGGGUAUUUUUUCGCUCAAUGUUGGUCAAUCUUCCUCUUUUGGCCUCCCGAGGACAAUGUGUAUCGUCUUAUACCGAGGAUUACGGGCCAGACGCAUCUUCACAACGGUCAUGAAGGGCACGAUAGGCAUAAUGGUAACCCCCACGGUCACUCCAAGUCGACGACAGUGGACCUCGUCGCCGAACCCGUCCCUGAACCAUGGACACUGGCCAAAUUCUACUGGGCAAACUCCAGAUGGUGGUCUUGGCGCUGUAUAGGCUGGUCCGACUCGUGUCCUUUACCUCAAUCUGCGCAGCGUCAUCCUUACACCCAUCAAUCUUCUCGUAAGGACUACCUGAUAGCGAGGUUCAAAUACCUCAUCUUGACUGUUAUCGUUGGAGACUUUAUCCACAGCUACAUCAGGCUCUCAUCCCAAGCACCCUUCUUCCAGAACCUUCCUGGAGCCCAGACUUAUGAUGAGAUGUCUACUUGGGAACGGGCCAAGUGUAGUCUCAUCACUGUGGGGUGGAUAUGGUUCAGCCUCGAACUUCCGCAAGUACAGUGCAGUAUCUUUUUCGUCGGAGCUGGUGGUAUUCUAGGCUGGGAAGGAGAGAUAUGGUCGCCUUGGGGCUGGCCUCCAAUGUUUGCGAGUUCGGGUAACUUCUUCCGACGACCGACUUUGGCAUAUACUUGGUCCACUUCCUGGCAUCAAUACAAUCGAAGUAUUCUCUACAGCUACGGUUGGCGAGGGAUCGGAGAGACCAUCCUUCGUCUACCGCCGACAGGUCUAUCCGUCAAACUGGCACAAGGUCGCGCUCAGACCUCUCUGUCAAACUCCAAAGUCAAGUCCGAGCUCUCGCCGCAAAUCCCUCAUACGUCCGCUAGCAGCUCCACAGUCAGCUCUGGUCGUACGUCACCCACUCAUCCCAUCCCAACAGCACCAUCUCAGUCGAUACGAUCCCUUCACACACCAGACCUCAUCAACAACCUCAUCAAAUCCGCCAUCGUCUUCUUCCUCACUGGCGUCCUGCACGAUCAAUCCACGUACUUCAUGUUGAAGGACUACUUCUAUCCAGGAUCUUCAUGGCUUGCAACGUCAAAGUCUAUGCCUUCAAUACACGUGAGCCCUGGUCGAAAUCCAAACUUCCAUUGGACAGACGCCAUCGUAACCACUCCUUUCUUUGCGAUUCAACCGCUAGCACUGGCAUUUGAGGCCCUCGUGAAACGUCAGUGGAGAGCUUACAAGGUCAGACAUCAUCCUGAAUGGCUGCAAGCAUCACGAGAGCCACCUUGGCUCGUGUAUGCCGAAAGAGCCACCAGCUUCACCUUUACGUGGGUGUGGCUCGGGUGGUCUGCCCACUGGUUCGUAGCGGGCAUCCCGAGGACUGGGGCGUAUGCCAAGAUGGUAGAUGAGUCAGCCUCUUGGAGUCCAGUCAGUGGUCUGAUAUGGGGUGUGUGGUACCGUUAGUUAGGCCCUGGUGGUCUGCAAUUUACAUGCAUGUAGCAGCAUCCAGUAUGAUCGGACAUGGGACAUGCCACUAUGUGCCAUAUGAGAGACUGCCACAUGUAUACUUUGCCCCG